AUUUUUAGGCUGAGCAGCUGCGGUCACACUGGUUGUCGCGUUGUCACAAAAGAAAAAGGGAAGAAACUCGAGAAAAAUUAGAGUUUUCCUUGGCUUAAGAAGAACCCCUCUGGAACGCCGAGUCCCAGACAGCCAAACCCCCAAAAGAGCACACUGAAUAUGUCCAAGAAGGAGGAAAAGUCGCAGCCCGCCGAGGAGCUGGUGAAGGUGAACAAGUGGGAUGGCUCCGCCGUGAAGCAUGCCCUCGAUGAUGCGGUCAAGACCUGCCUGCUGGGCGACCGGCCGCAGCUGAAGGAGCAAUUUGGCUUGGUCAACACCCGUUUGGCCCUCUGCGCCUUGGCGGUGGGCGUGGCUAUCAUGGCCCAUGCCUGGGACUUUACCCACCCAUUCCCGGAAUCACGACCCGUCCUCCUGUUCAGCGUCCUGGCCUAUUUCGCCCUCAUGGGUGUGCUGACGCUUCAUUCCAGCUUCCGCGAGAAGGGCACCUUCGCCGUGGCGGUGCAAAAGGAUAAGGAGCGCGAGCGCCUCUGGGAGGCCAGCUCCGACAUGCGCAAGUACGACGACAAGUAUCUGCUCACCCUGAGCGUCCGCGACUCGCGCAACGGCAGCAAGCGACGCGAGCAGACCAGCAGCAAAUCUUGUGCCGCCUUCAUUGACCAGAAUGGCAUCGUGCUGGACAGCCAGGUGGCCAAUGAGGUGAACCGUUUGUACAAUUCUUUGGCCGCCGAAAAGAAGGACAAGUAGCUGGUGCUAACGGCGGAGGAUGUCUGAACGGCGAGCCCCAUUUCAUUCUCUAAUUUUUUUUUCUCCUUGAAUAAAACCAAAAUUCUACUUUAAA